AUGGAAGAUUCAGAACUUGACCCAUCAGAAUUAGGUACCCACAAGUACUGGCAACAGGCAUAUGCUAAAGAAAUAAUAAAUUUUGAAAAACAUGGUGACCCAGGUGACAUUUGGUUUGGAGAAGACAGUGCAUUACGAGUAAUUAAAUGGAUUUGUAAAUGUGGUGUUGAGAAAGACGAACCAAUUAUUGAUUUAGGUUGUGGUAAUGGCUAUACAUUGAUAGAACUGGCGAAAGAAGGUUUUACGAAUCUGCUAGGCAUCGAUUAUUGUCAAGAAGCCAUAUUGUUAGCAGAAAAAUAUGCAAAAAAUGAAUUUCCUAUAAUAAAAUUCCAGGUCUUCGAUAUAACAGAAGACGAUGUGAAAACUUUGAACACCAAAUUCAAAGUUGUACAUGAUAAAGGAACAUAUGAUGCUAUCAGUUUAAAUCCUGAAAAUACAAAACAAAAUAGAGAGAAAUAUAUAAGUCAAGUAUCCGAGAUGUUAAAUGAAAAUGGUUUCUUCGUCAUAACAUCGUGUAAUUGGACUGAUGAGGAGUUACUUCGACAUUUUUCUAAAAAGUUUAAAUUAAAAUGCGUAAUACCAACACCUCAAUUCAAAUUUGGCGGGAAAGUUGGCAGUGUUGUGUCUUCUGUGGUAUUUGAAAAAAUA